UGAAGCUAUUUGCCACAAUAUAUAAACCCCUACCUUGGCGAAGUUUGAAAUUUUGAUUUUCUUCCCACAUUCUCUUUACUACUCACAGAAAUUCUGAAUCUGAAUUUUAGGGUUUGAAAUUUGAGGUGAAUCUUCAAAUUUGAGAAUUUUUCUUACAUUAUAGAAUCGGUUGAAUUUCAAAAUCUUUCUGUUGGUAAUGAUAUGAAUGUAGUCAUUAUCUCCAUUAAUGUAGUUGUGAAAAGCUAAAAUCAAAGACAUGUAUAACACAUAAGGUGGAGAGGACACGAAUUAGGAUACAAGCUUACUAGAUCGGAGUGUAUUCAUGGUAGUAGGUAGGAAUGCACUGUGUCUUGGUGCCUUUACUAGUAGUGUUAGUGCUAUGAUUAUAGUUUCUUGUUCUUCGAUUUUGUUAAUAUAUGUAGUUUUGUGUAGUUCCAUUGUACUAAUAUUUGGUUGUACAACUGUUCGGUUACUAUAUGUUGAUUUGUUACUAUCUAUUGUCUCUAGUAUUAUCUGGUGCUUCAUCCAUUUUUUUUCUUCUUUUGGCUUUGUUGUUCAUUGUGUCUGAGCAUAAGCUAAGCAGAUUCAAUGUCGAUAUUCGGCACCCCUGCUGCUGCGAACACAAAUCCUAAUAAGUCUACAGAGGUUCAACAACCUCCUGCUGACUCUGUAUCAAGCCUCUGCUUCAGUCCAAAAGCUAAUCUUCUGGUUGCUACUUCAUGGGAUAACCAGGUACGAUGUUGGGAAGUGAUGGGAGGUGGAACCAACAUUGGAACUGUACCGAAGGCCUCUAUAUCACAUGAACACCCGGUUUUAUGCUCAGCUUGGAAGGAUGAUGGGACAACAGUCUUCUCUGGAGGUUGUGACAAGCAAGUGAAAAUGUGGCCGCUAUCUGGUACUCAACCCGUAACAGUAGCCAUGCAUGACGCUCCUGUCAAGGAAUUGGCUUGGAUCCCAGAGAUGAAUCUCUUGGUCACAGGAAGCUGGGAUAAGACUCUGAGGUACUGGGAUUUGAGACAACAAAAUCCAGCACAUGUCCAACAACUUCCUGACCGCUGCUAUGCACUCACAGUGAGACAUCCUUUGAUGGUUGCUGGCACAGCUGAUAAAAAUUGUAUAAUUUUCAAUUUACAGAAUCCUCAGACUGAGUUCAAGAGAAUAGCCUCACCCUUAAAGUAUCAAACUCGGUGUUUAGCUGCCUUCCCUGAUCAACAAGGUUUCUUGGUUGGCUCUAUUGAAGGACGGGUUGGUGUGCAUCAUCUUGAUGAGUUGCUACAAGGUAAAAACUUCACAUUCAAAUGCCACAGGGAGGGCAACGACGUUUACUCAGUUAACUCUCUGAACUUCCAUCCUACACAUGGAACGUUUGCAACUGCAGGAUCUGACGGUGCCUUCAACUUUUGGGACAAAGAUAGCAAACAGAGGCUUAAGGCAAUGUUAAGAUGCAACCAGCCCAUACCUUGCAGCGCGUUCAACAAUGAUGGCUCAAUCUAUGCAUAUGCGGUUUGUUAUGAUUGGAGCAAGGGUGCAGAAAAUCAUAAUCCAUCAACUGCAAAAACAUACAUUUACUUGCACUUCCCACAGGAGUCUGAAGUUAAAGGCAAGCCUCGAAUUGGAGGUAGCAGUAGAAAGUGAAGUCAGCAGUACAGCUUCUUCUCACCAUUUUGGAGAACGUUUGGCUUGUUCUGUACAUUGAGACAUUUGUGUUCCAUUUUUGGGUUUUUUUCCGUGUGCAGUCUUGCAAUUAAUUCGCAGGAGUAGGAGUUGAGCUUUGAACACUCGAAAGAAAGGUUGAUAGAUAGUGAUUUGAGUCUGAUAUUCCUUAUUAGUAGGAGCUUUCUAGUGACAAUACAAGUCGUAUAUAAUUAGAUAAUUGCUUAUAGUCUCCAUCUCUGUUCACUAGCUUGUAAAUUGGAACUUCCUGUAAGUGAAUCUCUGCACUUCUAUCUCCGAAGUCAAAUUAUAGCUGUUUUUCUUUUGAA